AUGCUGUGCCCCACCCUAACACCCCCUGAAAAUGGUGAGGUGUUCGGCUCCAAUUUUUACGAAGACCAGGCGACAUUUCAGUGCUACAUAGGCUACAACGUGGCUGGCACUAAUCCGAUUACCUGUCAGGCUGAUGGGACUUGGGAUGCAGCUUUUCCAACAUGUGAAGUUGUACAGUGCCCCACCCUGACAGCCCCUACAAACGGUGGCGUGACCGGUCAAGACAGCUAUACUGACAUUGCAAUCUUCACCUGCAACUCUGGAUACAACCUGGUUGGCAGUUUUACCGCUAGAUGCCAGGCGGAUGGGAACUGGGAUCAAGUAUUCCCAACAUGUGCAGGUGUUCCGUGCGACCCGCUGACAUCCCCUACAAACGGUUGGGUGAGCGAAACCAACAGCAACAAUUACCCGAACGUGGCUACCUAUUAUUGUAACACAGGCUACAAUGUGGCUGGCACCAAUCCAAUUAACUGUCAGACGGAUGGGACUUGGGAUGCAGCUUUCCCGACGUGUGCAGCUGUACAGUGCCCCGCCCUGACAGCCCCUACAAACGGUGCCGUGUCCGGUACAAACGACUACAAUGUCAUUGCAAUCUUCACGUGCGACCCUGGCUACAACCUGGUCGGCAAUUCGGCCGUUAGAUGCCUGGAGACCGGGAAUUGGGAUGCAGCAUUCCCAACGUGUUCAGCUGGACUGUGUCCCACUCUACCAAACCCUACAAACGGUGCCGUGAGCGGUUCCAACUCCCUCGGAGACGUGGCCACCUUCACGUGCAACACAGGAUACAACCUAGUCGGCGGUUCUACACGGACAUGUCAGACGGACCUGACUUGGAGUGGAAGCUCACCAACAUGUACAGCUGUACAGUGUCCCGUACUGUCGGCCCCAGCAAACGGCGGCGUGAGCGGCGGGAACUCCUACGGAAACGUGGCCACCUUCACGUGUGACUCAGGGUACAGCCUGUCUGGCUCAGCGACACGUACCUGUCAGGCGGACACCACUUGGAGUACAGCCUCACCAACAUGUGAAGCUGGACUGUGUCCCACUCUACCAAACCCUACAAACGGUGUCGUGAGCGGUACCAACUCCCUCGGAGACGUGGCCACCUUCACGUGUAACUCAGGAUACAACCUAGUCGGCGGUUCUACACGGACAUGUCAGACGGACCUGACUUGGAGUGGAAGCUCACCAACAUGUAAUGCUGUACAAUGUCCUGCACUGACGGCCCCAACAAACGGCGGCGUGAGCGGCGGGAACUCCUACGGAGACGUGGCCACCUUCACGUGUGACUCAGGUUACAGCUUGUCUGGCUCAGCGACACUUACCUGUCAGGCGGACACUACUUGGAGCGCAGCUUCUCCAACAUGUGCAGCUGGACUGUGUCCCGUUCUGACACCCCCUACAAACGGUGCCGUGAGCGGUUCCAACUCCCUCGGAGACGUGGCCACCUUCACGUGUAACUCAGGAUACAACCUAGUCGGCGGUUCUACACGGACAUGUCAGACGGACCUGACUUGGAGUGGAAGCUCACCAACAUGUACAGCUGUACAGUGUCCUGCACUCACCGCCCCAACAAACGGCGGCGUGAGCGGCGGGAACUCCUACGGAAGCAUGGCCACCUUCACGUGUGACGCUGGUUACAGCCUGUCUGGCUCAGCGACACUUACCUGUCAGGCGGACACCACUUGGAGCGCAGCUUCUCCAACAUGUACAAUUGGACAGUGCCCCGCUGCAACAGCCCCUACAAACGGUGCCGUGACUGGAUCCAACUCUUUCGGCGACACCAUCACCUUCACGUGUGAUCCAGGAUACAACAUGGCGGGCCCGUCUACACUUACCUGCCAGUCGAACCUGGCUUGGGAUGGAAGCCCACCAACGUGCUCAGCUGGACAGUGUCCCGCUCCAACACCCCCUACAAACGGUGGUGUGACCGGAACCUACUCUCUUGGGGACACGGUCACAUUCACGUGUAACACAGGAUACAACAUGGCGGGCUCUUCUACACUUACCUGUCAGACCGACCUGACUUGGGGAGGAAGCCCUCCAACCUGCACAGCUGUACAGUGCCCUGCACUGACGGCCCCAACAAACGGCGGCGUGAGCGGCGGGAACUCCUUUGGAAAUGUGGCCACCUUCACGUGUGACUCAGGUUACAACCUGGCUGGCUCAGCGACACUUACCUGUCAGGCGGACGCCACUUGGAGCACAGCCUCACCAACGUGUGCAAUUGGACAGUGCCCCGCUCCACCAGCACCUACCAACGGUGCUGUGACUGGAACUAACUCCUUCGGCGACACAAUCACCUUCACGUGUGACACAGGAUACAACAUGGCGGGCCCGUCUACACUUACCUGCCAGUCUAGCCUGACUUGGGAUGGAAGUCCUCCAACCUGCACAAGUACUAGAUUCGUGUUCUGGACAUGCUUUAUUCAUGAUUUUGUAAAGUGGUAGAUAGCUCUUUAGCUCUUCGGCCUGAAAGUACUUGCUUAUAAGCUAACGGCUCCUAGCGGCUUAUUUUGGAUCAGCAUGAGCCGAUUUUGCUAAAAGGUUUAGAGGAGACGACUGAAGAAUGUGUUAAAGGAUCUUUAUUAUUUGGGUGGGUAUCCUAAAUAAUGGCGCACGUGUUAAGAUGACGCACAUGAUAGGAAGGCGAAGGAGUGAUAUCGUGGAACUCUAGUUUAUGACUUAGCAAGGCCAUCGCAUCGUAACCUUGGAUGAAUCCAUACAAUCGUAGGAGACCAACUGGUAUGACAGCUGUAGAUUA